GCCACAAAGUAUCCAUAACAACCCGUAAAUUCCACCGCCGCUCACCCACCAAAAGGGCAUUCUUGUCCAUAUAUAUUUUUUUCACGUGCGGACUCCCCUUCACGCAGAUCUCGAAUCGUCUCUCAGCCGAAACCCCCUUCUCUUACCUGUUCCAUCCCGUCUCCCUUUGACUUCUACAGUCGUUCUUGAUCGAACCGGGGCUAGACCUGGACCGAGCCAGCAUCAGCCAUGGGGGUGCCAGCGUUCUACAGGUGGCUUGUAGACCGUUACCCACUAGCAAUUGUGGAUGUGAUUGAAGAAGAACCUAAAGAGGACAGCAAUGGCGUCCCAAUCCCAGUUGACGUUUCAAAACCUAACCCUAACGGCAUGGAGUUCGAUAACUUGUACUUGGAUAUGAAUGGUAUAAUUCACCCCUGUUUUCAUCCAGAAGGGAAGCCUGCACCUCCUACUUAUGAUGAUGUUUUCAAAUCGAUAUUUGAUUACAUUGACCAUCUUUUCUUAUUGGUUCGACCGAGGAAGCUUCUAUAUAUGGCAAUUGAUGGGGUUGCACCUAGAGCUAAAAUGAAUCAGCAACGGUCUCGGCGCUUUAGAGCUGCAAAAGAUGCUGCUGAAGCUGAAGCCGAGGAAGAAAGAUUGAGAAAAGAAUUUGAGGCUGAGGGGAAGCUUUUGUUUCCAAAAGAAAAGCCUGAAACAUCCGACUCUAAUGUCAUCACUCCUGGGACCCAAUUUAUGGCUGUGCUUUCGAUUGCACUUCAAUAUUAUAUACAGAUGAGGUUGAAUCAGAAUCCAGGCUGGCGGUAUACAAAGGUUAUUCUUUCUGAUGCAAAUGUCUCUGGUGAGGGAGAGCACAAAAUCAUGUCAUACAUAAGAUUACAAAGAAACCUUCCUGGUUUCAAUCCAAACACACGGCAUUGUCUAUAUGGUCUGGAUGCAGACUUGAUUAUGCUGUCUUUAGCGACACAUGAAAUUCACUUUUCAAUAUUGAGAGAGCUAGUCACACUUCCUGGGCAACAGGAAAAGUGUUUUAUUUGUGGUCAGGCCGGCCAUCUUGCAGCUGAGUGUCGUGGGAAGCCAGGAGAUGAUGCUUUAGAUUGGGUUGUGGUAGAUGAUACUCCAAUUCACAAGAAGAAAUAUCAGUUCCUCAACAUCUGGGUGUUGCGAGAAUAUUUGCAGUAUGAAUUGGAUAUUCCAAACCCUCCAUUUGAGAUCAACUUUGAACGUAUAGUGGAUGAUUUUGUAUUUCUAUGUUUCUUUGUUGGCAAUGACUUUCUUCCACAUAUGCCAACAUUGGAAAUUAGGGAGGGUGCUAUAAAUUUAUUGAUGCAUGUGUACAGAAAGGAGUUUGCUGUGAUGAACGGUUAUCUUACUGAUGCGGGUGAGGUAAAUCUUGACAGAGUAGAACAUUUUAUCCAGUCAGUUGCUGUUUAUGAAGAGCAGAUCUUUCAGAAAAGGACUCGUAUACAGCAGGCUUUGGAGAAUAAUGAAGAGAUGAGACUCAAAGCAAGAAAAGAGUACUCUGAAGAGUCGCAGGCACUGGCUGUAGAUAAGGUUAAAUUGGGGGAGCCUGGUUACAAAGAAAGAUAUUACUCUGAGAAAUUUGGUAUAUCAAAUCCAGAUGAAAUCGACAAAUUUAGAGAAGACGUAGUUUUGAAGUAUGUGGAAGGUUUGUGUUGGGUCUGCCGAUAUUACUACCAAGGUGUUUGCUCUUGGCAAUGGUUUUAUCCAUACCAUUAUGCUCCAUUUGCCUCUGAUCUCAAGGAUCUUGCUGACUUAGAAAUAACUUUCUUUUUGGGAGAGCCAUUUAAACCCUUUGAUCAGCUAAUGGGAACCCUACCUGCUGCAAGUUCUAAUGCGUUGCCUGAAGAAUACAGGAAAUUGAUGACUGACCCAUCAUCACCAAUAUAUAACUUCUUUCCCUCAGAUUUUGAGAUUGACAUGAAUGGUAAACGCUUUGCCUGGCAGGGUAUUGCCAAAUUGCCAUUCAUUGAUGAGAGGAAAUUGCUUGCCCAAACAAAGAAACUUGAAAGCACUUUAACGGACAAAGAACGGUUCCGUAAUAGUAAAAUGCUAGAUUUGCUGUAUGUUCAUCCUGCUCAUCCUUUGGCAGCAGAAAUCUUCUCAUACCAUGAAGUUACCCGUUUGUUACUUCCAUUGCAAAGGUGUUGUUGGGAAAUUGACACAAAUGCCAGUGCUGGCAUGAAUGGCUAUCUUUGGUUAACUGAGAGGAAUGUCUGGAGAAGUAUGGUCCCUUCACCUGUCAGUGGGUUGCCAGACAUAGAGCCCAACCAAGUUUUAAAUAUUACAUAUCUUAAUCCUAUAAAUCAUAGACACGUACCUGAACCUCCCACUGGUGUGGUCAUGCCUGAAAAGAUCUUAAAACCUAUAGAUAUUAAACCAUUCCCCACAUUAUGGCAUGAAGAUAAUGGUCGACGCCAGCAAGGCAGAGAAAGGCCACAAGUACCUAGAGGAAUAGCUGGCCCUCUGUUGGGUGAAGCAGCUCACCGGCUUGUCAAGAACACGCUUAAUAUCAGACCAAAUGGGUCAUCUUCGAGAUAUUUUGAGCAACCGCCAUAUCGCAAUAUCCCAGGGAAUCCUAUGUUCAACAGACCUAGACCAGCUGGACCCUCUGGAAAUGAAAGGAGCUACAAUUAUGACCCAAACUAUUAUUAUGGGCAUUACGGUAACCAACAAGGCCUAAUGAGCAAUCCUAGAUUUUCUCCAAUAUCAAAUGGCAUGCCAGGCAAUCGGCACAACUUUAAGACUCAGGACAGAGUACAAUACCCUGAACAGUACCAUGAUAUAAAGAGUGGGAUAUCUGCUUUGACUGUAGAAGAAAAUGUCAGAAGCAGACCGCCUGUAGUAAUAUUGCAGCGCGUGCCAAAUACAGGGAGUAAUUCAAAUAUGCACCACCAGGUUGAGCAGAACAUAGGUCCACUUCCAUCACCUCCUACCAAGUGGAUUUUUAGGCCAGCAGGAGAUGCUGAGACUAACUUUAGACAAGAAAAGGGUGCAAGUGAGAAGCAGAUGCGGUAGGUUUAUCAGGUCAAGACACGGGCAGUUCAGGAAACAUCAAAUCCUGUUGCUCAGGAAAUAUCUGGCUUGAAUCAGCAGUAACAUUGUGGAUAUGGUUGAACCUCUAAUGAUUUUCCAUUGGCAUAGUUCCCAUUCGGCAGUGAGAGAGAUCUCUCCAUUCGAGUGCAAGGCAUGGUAAAACAUGCCAACUGGAGGCACUAAAUAGAAAAGCUAUCCCUGCCAUGCUUGUGGUAUUCAGUGCCUUUCAUCGUCAUAUUUUUAUUUUGGCAUGAGUAUGUGCAUGUCUGGUACAGGAACAACCCUUUGAGAAGAACUUUGGAUUCUGAAGGAGAGCUAGCAUACCAAUUAUGAGGGCUUCAUUGCAGGUGUCGUCUUUUAGAUUUUCUUGUAUAUCUGCUGGGUGGCUGGAGAAAAACUGUAAAAUAAACACGCUUGGUUGUAAUUGGGUUUUGAUUCAUAGGAAACUACCUCCAAUGGGGUGUUAUGUAGGGAGGAAAUGACUUGAUUAGCAUCGAACUCGAUGUAUUUGUACUCAAGAUUACUUUUCUAGGGAUAUGAUUAUUCUGUUUUUUAAUGUAA